GCCAUCGCCUGCCCGCCGGGUUUUCCCCCCCUUUCCUGCCGGCCAGCCGUUCGCAGCCGCCCGUUAAAAAGAGAAGGCAAGAUGGCCGAGCUGGGCAGCAAGGGGGUCACCGCUGGGAAGAUCGCCAGCAACGUGCAGAAGAAACUGACCCGGGCGCAGGAGAAGGUCCUACAGAAGCUUGGGAAAGCAGAUGAAACGAAAGAUGAACAGUUCGAACAGUGUGUGCAGAACUUCAACAAACAGCUGUCUGAAGGCACAAGGCUGCAGAAAGACCUCCGAACUUACUUGGCUUCCGUAAAAGCAAUGCAUGAGGCCUCCAAGAAGCUGACAGAGUGUUUGCAGGAAGUUUAUGAGCCGGAUUGGCCUGGGAGAGAUGACACAAAUAAAAUAGCAGAGAACAAUGACCUCCUCUGGACAGAUUUCCAUCAGAAGCUGGUGGAUCAGGCACUUUUGACCAUGGAUACAUACCUGGGCCAAUUUCCAGAUAUUAAAUCUCGUAUAGCAAAGCGAGGAAGGAAGCUUGUGGAUUAUGACAGUGCCAGGCACCACUUCGAAGCCCUGCAAACUGCAAAGAAGAAGGAUGAAACCAAAAUUGCAAAGCCUGUUUCGCUGCUUGAGAAAGCCGCUCCUCAGUGGUGUCAAGGGAAGCUACAAGCUCACCUCGUUGCGCAAACUAAUCUGCUCCGAAAUCAGGCUGAAGAAGAGUUAGUUAAGGCUCAGAAGGUGUUUGAAGAGAUGAACGUUGAUCUGCAGGAGGAGCUGCCUUCACUAUGGAAUAGUCGUGUUGGUUUCUACGUCAACACAUUCCAGAGUAUAGCAGGCCUAGAAGAGAACUUCCACAAAGAAAUGAGCAAGUUGAACCAAAACCUCCAUGAUGUCCUGCUGGGUCUAGACAAGCAGUACUCAGGCAAUGCCUUCCCUGUUAAAGCACAGCCCAGAAAGAAAACUAAACUGUUCGCCAGGCUGAGGAAAAAGAUGAGCAGGUACCGUGACAGCACCCCAGCGAAAGCAAAUAAAAGCCCCUCGCCUCCAGCAGAUGGAUCUCCCAUCACGAGCCCUGAGACCAAGACUCUCAACCAUGAGCUGGAACCGUCCACUUUGGAAGCACCUGGAGCAAGCAUCCCAAAGUCACCAUCUCAGUUGAGGAAAGGGCCUCCGGUGCCUCCGCCUCCAAAAGUCACUCCCUCCAAGGAGAUCAAGCAGGAGAACAUCAUCAGUCUGUUUGAUGACAAUUUUGUCCCUGAGAUAAGUGUGACAACCCCUUCGCAGUUUGAUGCCCCUGGGCCCUUCCAGGAGGGAGCCAGCCUGUUGGAUCUGGAUUUUGAUCCCAUUAAACCAGAUGCCACUGUGGGGAAGAACCCCACACCCGCCUCCCAGUCUUUACCUUGGGAUUUAUGGGAGCCUGCAGAAGCAGCUCAUGCAGGAGCUGAAGCAGCUGGUUCAGAAGCAGCAGCUGGAGCUGAAGCAUCUAAAACUGAAGCUGAUUCAGGAUCGAACUCUCUGCCUGCUGUUGUUGUGGAAACUUUCCCUGCUACCGUCAAUGGCACUGUGGAAGGAGGUGCCUCAUCUGAAAGAGCUGACAUGCCCCCAGGAUUUCUGUUCAAAGUUCAAGCUAUGCAUGAUUACACAGCCACUGACAGUGAUGAGCUGCAGCUGAAGGCUGGGGACGUGGUGCUUGUGAUUCCAUUUGAGAACCCUGAGGAGCAGGAUGAAGGAUGGCUGAUGGGCGUGAAGGAGUCUGACUGGAUCCAGCAUAAGGAACUUGACCAAUGCCGAGGGGUUUUCCCUGAGAAUUUCACUGAGCGGGUGCAGUGAAAGCCCGAGCCCACCAGUCACAUUUCUGCUGGAAGAAACAAGUUUUCUGGUAGAUAAUUGAGAGAAGAGCAGCCAAAUGAAAAGAGGAGAGAAUUUUAAAGGAACAGAAGCCUGAAAUAAAAAGUCAACUUAGAGGGUGUGUUCUUCUUGAAGGGCAAGGUUUCAGAAGUAAAUUGCAAUUCAAAGUGUUAUCAAAAUAUACACAUAUUGAUAAUAAUAAGGCAAGUCAAAUGCCCUCUUCCCCUUUUGAUUUUAACAGCAUUUGGAUUCAGAGGACUGAUGCAGAAGCAACUGAGUGUGGUUCUCUAUUACUGCAUUGACUGGAUUGGCGAGAUGUCAGUCUGAUCCCUGGAAAGGCAGUGUUUGUUUAAUGGCUUGAGAGCAGAAGCUGUGUUUGCUCUUGGAUGGGUUCAUCUGUUUUGUCUUGAAGGUGGCUUGCAUGGCAACCGUAAAAAAUCAGCCUUCCCUACGUGUUCAACCAUCAGUAGGCCAAAAUUUCGGUUAUGCUGUUGAAAAAAUAUUUAGUGUAUGGUGUUCAUCA